GCAGCCACUGCCUUUCCAGCCAUUUAGUUUAUCUACAAUUUUCUACAGCCUGAGGCAAACGACACCUCUCGAAACCUUUUCCUCUCAUUCGGACUCAAAUAUUUCCUUCCAGUCUGAAUGCUGAACCAAUUUAACAACUAGCGGGGAUCAUGAGCAGGGACAGAGGGCAAAUCGGCCCCAAUGGGUCUGUGGAUUGCAACAAUAGAAGCCAGAGAAGUAUCCAGGUGCCGCGCUGUCCUUCUCGGGAUCCCGAUCUGGUAAGCACUCCGGAGCAUCUGCGACCAGGAUUUCGUGGGAGGACACAUCGAUAUGAUCCCAGCGAUUUUGGGCUAACAGGAAGUGAGGAAUGGCGACAUCCACGGAUGUUCCGGAAUAUGACCUAUGAAACCGAUGCUGCAGCUAUGGAAACCUUUCGGCAGGCGCAACCACGUCGUCAACCCUAUGAAACUGAGGUGAACUUAAGCAAUUUGCCAGAGGAGUGCCUAGCGGAUAUGUCGGCACCUAACUUCGAUCUCAGCAUGCCAUCCCAGAUGUCCGAUUUUCGGGGAGAGCUCCUAGCCGAUGUUUCCGCUCCCGACAUGAGUGAUGUCUCGAAAACCACCAGUCAUGUGGAUAAUGUAUAUGGCGAGAUUCUGGAUCGUUUUAAGAGCAUUAGGGAACGUAUUAAUCGAGCGAAUCAACUCAACGGUUCGGAGGAUCCCUACUAUCAACAGACCACGCGACGCCGGAUCUACACUCACCGCGAUCCAAGUGGUCAUAUUACCAGCCAUAUUGAUGAAACGACUGUUUCGAAUACAUCCUCUCUAGACUGCACGCCCGCUGGUCAGAGAGGUGAACCGGGACGUCGCCUUAACUUCUCCUUGCCCAACCGAUCGGAGAACCUAAUGGAUGAGUCAAUGCCCUUGUAUCUCGAUGCAUCGCUACCAAACAACGGCCUAGAGGUCAUGUCCUCCCAGGAUUUUCUAGAUAAUGAGACAAUGCCGGUGUUCGAGUCCCCUGGAUCCACUUCGAGGAGUCACAAUAUGUCACAUCGUUCCUGUCUGGAGAAUGAGACUAUGCCCUCGUUUGCCAAUAUCUCUGGAGUAUCCCGAAGACAACACACUUUGCCCAGCGAAUGUCUGGAGGAUGUGAGCCAGCCAUCUUUCGAAAGGAGCAGAUCUCGUACCCAGAGUCCCAGGAGGCAGCAACAGAUAUCGAUGCCUUCCCAGAACCUUUGGGACAUCUCGGCGCCCUCGUUUGGGCACUCAACCGGGGACCCAACUGCCAAUGAGUGCCUCGAAGAUAUUUCAAUGCCCGCGUUUGAGGGGGUCUCGAAUGUUUCCAGGAACAGAAGUCAAAACAGAAGUCUAAGGCAGAGGUCGAGGAAUACUCGCAAUAUAAGUGACAUAUCUGCCCCGACUUUUGCCAGUUCAAGACGGGGUCAAACUACCAAUGAAUGCCUUGAUGAUAUGACCAUGCCUUCCUUUGGAAGAGUAUCGAGUUUAUCACCGAGCCGAAGUCGUCGCCAAUUGCGCAGAUCGAUGUCAGCGCAACACAUUAACGACAUAUCCGAGCCCAUGUAUGCCAGUUUUUCAAAAGGACCUAUGACUAAUGAAUGCCUGGAGGAAGUAACCAUGCCAUCUUUCGGUGCUGUUUCGGACUCUUCCAGGGGAAGAAUGUCUAGGAGACCAUCAACAUCAUUCGCAAUGCCCAGCGAAUGUCUCGAGGAUAUGACAAUGCCCUCUCUGGGAGGAAUUUCUAGGGCCUCUAGAAGCAGAAGUCUUGAUCGACACCUGAGAACCAUGCCCUCGAGAAUGACGAACGAGUGCUUGGACGAGAUGACCAUGCCAUCGUUUGGUGAAGUCUCAGGCUCAUCCAGAAGACAAAUAACUAUGCCGAGCGAGUUCCUGGAUGAUGUAAGUGCUCCAUCCUUCGGAAGAAGCAGUUCCAGAGGAUCGAGUAAACGGCAGAAAACCAUGUCAUUCAGGAAUAUCUGCGAUACAUCUGCGCCCUCGUUUGCCAACUCUACCAAAUAUGGGGACACAAAUGAGUGCUUGCAGGAUGUGUCGAUGCCAUCCUUUGGCGGAAUGUCGGUAUCACCGAGGAGGAAAAGAUCCCAGCGACAGCAAAUGACGUUGCCUACUCAAAAUAUAGGCGAUAUAUCGGCACCGUCAUUCGCGAGCUCGGGACGAGGUAAUACGACCAACGAAUGCCUUGAGGACAUAUCUAUGCCUUCCUUCGGAGGAGUGUCUAAUAAUUCCAGGAGUCGGAGUCGAAAGCGCCAACAAAUUUCCAGCCACCGAUCGUUGACCAACGAGUGUUUGGAUGAUAUGACCAUGCCUUCAAUGGGUGGAGUAUCUGUUAUGUCCAGAAGGCAAGUGACCCUGCCCAGUGAGUGCCUGAACGAUGUGAGUGCCCCGUCAUUUGGAAGAAGCAUCUCUCGAGCUGACAGUAGGCGUCAGCGAACAUUGCCGAGUGCCAGUUCCACCAGAUGUCCACCGACGAAUGAGUUCCUGGAGGACGUAACCAUGCCAUCGUUUGAUGGUGUUUUUUCAACCUCCAGACGUAGAGAGUUGACCAUGCCCAGUGAGUGUCUGGAGGACAUGAGUGCGCCGUCCUUUGCAGGGACUACUGGUCCUUCCAGAAGACAAACCACUGGGCUACCGAACGAGUGCCUUGAGGACAUCAGUAUGCCCACCUUUGGCAAUAUUUCUAGUAUAUCGCGAAGAAGUGAGUGCUUGCCAGAUGGGAGUCAGUCUACAUUUAGAAGAAAUAGAUCGCUUAGGCGGAGUGGUCGAAGUAAGCGGAACUUAAGCAGAAGCCAAGCUUCCAAUGAUUGUUUAGAGGAUGUAACAAUGCCUUCAUUUGGUGGAACAUCAGGUGUUUCAAGAAGGAAAAGUACCUCCAGACAUCAGAAGACAAUGCCACCAGUAAGUGAAGUAUCAGAAAGGACUAAUGAAUGUCUAGAGGAUGUAACCAUGCCAUCCUUUGGAGGAGUAUCGGGAUCAUCCAGAGCAAGAAGUCCACGACAAAGAUCGAUAACUUCGAGAAGAGGGCAGAUGACAAGCGAAUGUUUGGACAAUCAAACAAUGCCAUCGUUUGGAGGUGUUUCCCAACAGUCAGGUCGAAGGACUCCUAGAGGACAGACUCAAAAUAUAAGCGGACCUGGAUUUAAAUCGAAUGAAUGUAUUGAGGAUAUAUCAAUGCCUUCAUAUGCUGAAAAUACACGAGCAACGAUGGCAAAAAGCUCUUCAUCAAUGAAAAGGUCAAGACAAAUGACAAACGAAUGUCUUGAGGAUGUGACAAUGCCAUCGUUUGGUCAUGCUAGUCAAAGUCCAGUCAAAAACGAAUGUCUCGAAGAUGUUUCAAUGCCUUCAUACAGGGAAUAUACAGGAUCGAUGAGAAGAAGAUGCCCCACACCUGUGCAAAGCUCAAGACAAGAACGGUUGGACGAAAUGACCAUGCCCUCCUUUGGUGGUUCACGGCGUGGACUGACUAAUGAAUGCCUGGAGGACAUUUCCAUGCCAGCUUAUGAAGAAACUACAGGAUCGUCUAGGGGCAGAAGCUUUAGGCAAGGAACGAUGACCAAUGAGUGCUUAAACGAUAUGACCAUGCCAUCGUUUGCUAGUUCAUACAGAGGACCUGUUACCAAUGAAUGUCUGGAGGACAUUUCAAUGCCUUCUUAUGAAGGAAUACUAGGAUCUUCCAGGGGAAAAAGACCAAUAGCGACAAUAAUGCAACGAUCCAGACAAAACACGAUGACUAACGAACGUUUGGAUGAUAUGACAAUGCCAUCUUUUGGUACUUCCAGUCGUGGGCCUGUUACCAAUGAAUGCUUAGAGGACAUUUCAAUGCCUGCAUAUGGUAGAAAUUCAGUGUUGUCCGGAAGAAGGUCUACCACUCCCAUGCAAAGAUCUAAUCAGGCAGCAAUGACAGCGGAAUGCUUGGAUGAUAUGACUAUGCCGUCAUUCGGCAGCUCAAGUCGUAGACCUAUUACUAAUGAAUGCCUUGAGGACAUUUCAAUGCCACCCUAUAAAGACGAUUCUGGAUUAUCUACAGGAAGAAGCCCUGCGCCAAUGCAAAGUUUAAGAAUGGGAGCGAUGACCAACGAAUGCUUGGAUGACAUGACCAUGCCAUCAUUUGGUAGUCCAAGCACUGGACUUGCGGCUCGGGGAAGAAGUCCCAAGCAUAUUCAAAUAUUUCAAGAACCCAUGACAAACGAAUGCUUGGAUAAUAUAACCAUGCCAUCGCUUGGCAACUUUAGCCGUGGUCCAGCUGCAAACGAAUGUCUUGAAAACAUUUUCAAGCCGAGAAACACAGAUUCCUUCUUCGGAAGAAGCCCUAUCCCAAGGCAUAGGUCCAGACAGGAAAUGACGACCAACGAAUGUUUGGAAGACAUGACCAUGCCCUCGUAUGAAGAGGUAUUUGGUUCAUCCAGAAGGCAGGUAACCAUGCCAAGUGAGUACUUAAAUGACGUGAGUGAACCCUCCUUCGCAAGGAGUGCCCAUGACGGAACCAGUCGAAAAAAGAGAACCUUGGCGUCUCCAAAUACUAGUUCACGAGGAAGAAGCCCUAGGCCACAGCAAAUGUCAGUGACGAACGAGUGCCUGGAGGAUAUGACAAUGCCAACAUUUGGCGACGUCUCUGGGUCAUCGCGACGUGGUCAAAGUGCCAUCAGCAGCGCUCGCCUGGAGGACAUCAGCAUGCCCUCAGGACUCUCAAAUCUAACUCAGUACAGCGAGUGCGCUGAAGAUAGCGUGGGUGGAGGACGUGGACGUCGCACCAACGAAUGCCUCGAAGAUGUGAGUGCUCCCAGUUUUGCCCCGAGCAGUCGCGUGGCAUCAAGACGCUUGCCCCAUGUGAAAGACGAGUGUUUGGAGGAUGUUUCCAUGCCGCAGAAUGAAUCAUUAUCCAGAAAUGAUUCUAAGUCAAUUGCGCGACGUCCACCAGACGUUUCCUUUCCUUUGGAAAUGUUGGCCAACGAGAGUGCUCCCUCAUAUCUGUCACGGCGGGAUGAGGCGGAUAAGUCGGCCGACUGUUCGUGCUCAACUCCGGAACAAAGCUCCAGAAGUCGUCCCUGGGAUGAGAAAAGUGCAGGUCGUUUGGAGGAUGUGAGCAUGCCCACCUUCGAGGACGUUUCCUAUCAACCACGACGCCAUCAAUUGACAAUGCCCUGCGAGAACUUGGAAGACGAAACCCAGCCGGACUUCUUCAAUUCCACCGCAUUGCCCAGUUCUACGAGGGCGGAGAAGCACCAGGGAAAGUCCCCUCGACAGGACCAGCAAGUAAACGGCAGCAAACAACUCGCCAACGAGAGUGCUCCGUCCAUCCUAAAGGACGCCACAAAGGGACCUUCAGAAAUGGUCAAGGAAGUGACCGUCCAGAGCUCAACCACCUCAGUGACAAGGAUUUUUAAUAACACAUUAGAAAAUGCGAAUAACUCUGGGCAGCCCAAGGUCGAAGACCUCUCGAUGCCGCAGUUCGAGACCACAGGCUCCAGUACCCAUCAGGACUCAUCCCUUCAUGGCUUCCAAUCGAUGGAGAACUACAGGCCAUUCGAUGAACUUAUAUACAGCCAGAACUCGGUGGGAAAUCAAACACAGCCCCAGACUCCUCAGCCUGCGAGGGCUCCGAGCCGCAAUCGAAGUCUGCGUAGAACACCGAGUACACCGAGCACUUCAAAUAGCCGAGGAGGAACUCCGCCAAGUGCUACCAGAACUCCGGGACAACCCUGCGAUAUGGUCACCACCAGUUAUCCAUAUGGAAAACCCCAUUGCUUUAGCCGAAAGCCCUGCUAGAUGGACAAAAUACAUUGAAGAUUUAUAUGUAAAUUGGUUUUAAAACGGCCUGGUGGAAUAUUUUAUACAUUAUUUUGUAGAGGGAAAGCAAUAUUUAAAUAAAAUUCAAUAAAUCAAUAUGCAUACGUUAAAUUUACAA